ACUUACUUUAAAAGGAAAACCUAUUUGUUUGGUUUCUACCCUUGGUCUUUCCUGAAGAAGACAGAAAGUGAAAACGCUCAGAGCAGUGGUGGCAUAGUUUUGACACCGUCAUCAUCGUACUAUCCUCAUACUCUGGCUCCGCCGUCCACUGUCGGCAUAGCAAUUAUGAAGCGGAGGAAGCAAUCUAAAAUAACAGAUCUGAACUUUGAUGUGUUGAAACACAUUAUGUAUCAUGUAGCCCUAUCACCCGAUGGAGCUGGAAAUCUUGCUCGGACUGUUUCGGUCUGCAGACUGUUCAAGAAACUUGCUGAUGAUUCUGACGUCUUAAAAGCCGUGGCAUUUGAUUGUGUUACGCUUACUGGUAUUCAUGAAUCAUUCUGGCAACCUGCUGGGCUGUUAUCUAGAUGCUUACAGACGGGAAAUCCAACUGCUUUCAACGCAAUAAGAAAGAAUGCAGAGAUAUUGAAUGCUUCUUAUCUGAUUCUCAAGAGGGCCAUGUUCCGCGGAAAGUUGAUUAUUUUAGCAAGAAGCAGAGCUAUUGAAAUUGCAAAUACCAGGGCAAGGAAGAAGGCUCUUGAAGACGCCAUAAAUGAGUGCACAAAGACUUUUGAUGCUGUUGAUGCUCAAAUUCAAACUAUUGAGCAGUUUCUAGAGAUGUUGAUGGCUGUUCUGAAAGUAAUGAGAAGUCAGAUUGCUCAAUGAGGUGGAGCUAUUGCAGGUCUUCUGAUGCUGCAGAAUCAAGGUCUACAAAGACAAGCGUUCCAUACAAUAUCCAAGUUCAGCAUUUUGGGCUUUGACUAUAGGUGAUGGAACUUGCUGAGUGGUUAAGAACCCCUGUCAUCAUCGUCAGUAUAUGGCAACAGUUAUAUCGAGCAUAGUUAUCGCUCCAAACUUGCCAAUAUUUAGUGCUCUCUGUGUAUCUGAGUUUUCUACCCAUUCUCUAUCAACCUUAACUUAUACCUUCUCUCCUCUCUUUUUUUUGCCUUUAACUUUUGUGGUGUCGACUGAAAUUUCUCAGUAGAGAGGGGUGUAAAUCCAUUUGAAAUCUAGGCACUUUCGUUUUUGGUUUAGAUGUGCUCGAUGGAUGCUAAAGUUUAUAUCUUGGCAAGAAUGGACCAACUCCUUAACUUCGUUAGAAAGCGGAUUCACAUCCAUCCUUCUCCUUAUUUUGGCCCUUUUUAUUAGGAAUUGAAUCCCUCCUUAGGUGCUUAGUGGUGUCCUACACCUAAAUGGAGGUUUGUUUCGUUCCUUUUUAAUGUUAAGUACAGAUUCAUUGUGCUUAGAAAGUUUUCAAAACAGAAAUAUAUGAAGGGUUGGUUUUU